UUCAAUCCAAAGCGCCUUUUUACCUGGCUUUUUGUUUUUUCAUUUCUUUCUAUUCUGUUUCUUUUUUCUUUUCUAUUCUAUACAUAUAUACAUAUAUAGCAAUCCAAACGCCUGGAAAGAAAAAAAUGUUUUGUUGGGUUCUCUGAAAAUUCCCACCGCCGCGUCUCUUUCUUUCAAGUAUCUUCGUUUUUCUACAAUUUUCACAGCAAGAAUUCCUGAGAAACAAACAGAUUUCCGCCUAUCAGAACUAUCCACUUGUUAAUUAUAUCUAGCAUGAAGGUUUAAAAGUCUCACCAAUCAAACAAAACUGUAGAUAGAGUUUCUGAGUAUUAUCCAUUUGUCUCGGUUUUAGCAAAAUAGAAAAACAGACAGAAAUUUAUUUUUUUUUUCUAAUCCUUUUGGUCCCUGAAAGUAUCUCUGAUCAGGUUAAACGUAUUAAACGGAAUAUCCAUUAUUGCUAGAAAAAAGGUUAAAAAAAAAAAAAAAGAAACGGAAAACAUGAUGAGAAGGCAACAAGAUCAGCAAUCUAGGGUUUUCUACGAGCUGUCAGCUCUGGUUCUCAACAUCCUGCGAUCCCCUCCGUCGCCGAUCCCGUUUUCUGAUCAUUCACCGGUGACACCGCCGCCGCCGGUGUCGUCGACGAGGCGGUCUCCGGCCGCUCAGAUCUCGCCUGCGGGUUUUGCUUCGCUGCUCUUGGGGAUUUCGCUGGCUCUGAUGCUUUGUGGAUCAGUUACUUUUUUCAUCGGUUUCAUAUUGAUGCCUUGGGUUCUUGGAUUGGUGAUGGUUUUCUACGUGGCUGGGAUGAUUUCAGCCCUUUCGAUGUUGGGUCGCUCAAUUCUUUGCUAUGCCACGGCUCCAUCAACGCCGCGGAAGGAGAUUCCUGCCUGGAAACUAUUGUGAAGAAAACAAGGUUGGGAUAGAGAGAACUGAACUCUGCGAGUGAGGAUGAUGGAGCAGCACAAAAUGUUUCUGUGAGUGGUGCUGCGUCUUGGAUAUAUAGGCAAGAAAAAGAUAAGCGAGCUUCUUCAAGUAUUUAUGCAGGAAUUUGUGCAUAACUGUAUUAAAUUUUACUGAGAUAUGUGCAUAUGGCUUCUUUGUUAAGUAGAAUAUAGUGAAUCCAUGAAGGUUUCUAAAUACUGCUGUGGAAUGAAAUUGCUAUUUGUGAAAAGAGGGUGGGGAAGGGAAUAUGCUCCCGGUCUUCAUUCAUAUAUUUUA